GCAACAGAGUGCUACUUAGCAUUACAUUUAUUUAUGUAUGAUGAAAUCUACUCCAGCAGACCAGUUUACUGAAAUUGAGCGCCUGCGAGGUAAACUACUGAACAAUCUUGGCAUGACAGACUCCUUGUGUGUGGAAGAAAUCAGCAGCAGAGAAAUUUUGACCAGAAUUGAAAAAGUAAUCCUUGGAAUAGUGAGUAGUCUGUCUAAAGAUGAAGCUCCUAUCCUUGUGCUGCCCAACAGAUCCAGAUGGGCGAAUGUCAGUUUUGACAGUGCCAUUGGGCUUCAGAUGAGUUCAGAAGGUUCCGUAACCACCAUCAGGAGCGACUGUCCAUCUGUCACUAAGUUUGCACAAAUUCUGAAGAUUCUCUCAGUCAUCUACAAACUUGUGCAGAGCAACUCGUAUGCCACAAAAAGAGACAUCUAUUACAACAAUACACAGCUGUAUGGCUCACAGAAAAUUGUUGACAGCAUUGUGGAUGAUAUCUCCUGCAUGCUCAAGGUUCCUCGCAGAUCACUACAUGUGUUGGCCACAUCUAAGGGGUUAAUCUCAGGUGAUCUAUCUUACAUGGAGGAGGAUGGCACAAGGGUUGACUGUCAGUCCAGCUGCACUGCCAUUGCAGUUUCAUCAAAUAUUGGUGGAAUUAAAAAUGUUGCAUCAUCUGCCAAAUUUGUCUUGAUUGUUGAGAAGGAUGCAACUUUCCAGAGACUGCUGGAUGAAGACUUCUGCUCAAAGCUCUCUCCUUGCAUCAUAAUCACAGGUAAAGGUGUGCCAGAUGUGAACAGCAGAUUGAUGGUGCGAAAGCUUUGGGACACGCUGCGCAUCCCCAUCUUUGCUAUGGUGGAUGCCGAUCCUCAUGGGAUUGAGAUCAUGUGCAUCUACAAGUAUGGAUCAGUGGCUAUGUCGUUUGAGGCCCACAGUCUGACAGUCCCAAGCAUUAUGUGGCUAGGCCUCCUCCCCUCUGACCUCCUGAGGUUGAGGGUUCCUGAAGAUGCUUUGAUCCCACUCACCAAAAGAGAUGAGAGCAAACUCAACAGCCUCUUCAAAAGGCCAUACUUAGCCAGCCAACCAGACUGGCAGAAAGAGAUGGAGCUGAUGCAGCAACGUAAGGUCAAGGCUGAAAUACAGUCUCUGACAACCAUAGCUCCUGAUUUCCUCACCAACAUCUACCUGCCCAACAAGCUCCGAUAUGGUGGCUGGGUAUGAGCACAACACCGCCAUCUUUUGGAAUGAAAAAUGAACUACUAAUAAUGGAGGCAAGACAAAUGUUCUACAACUGCCCAUUCUAAC